UGUACAGAGUCUCAGCAGCACAGCCAACAGUAACGUUGUAAUAUCUGCGCAGGUCAAAGCUUUUAUGCUGGAAAACAAAAAACAACAGCAGCCUCUAUGCAUGCACAGCCGUCUGUGUAGCAGCAGCAGCAGCCAGCCAGCCUCCACCCCUCUGUCAUUUUAUUUUUAUGUGUUUUAGCGUCACAUCCCCCUGGCUGGAGGAAUGUAAAGACGGAGAGCUUUAAAAAUAGCAUCCUCUCCUCUGACAGGGCUGCUCCGGUGGCUCCGCAGCACUGUGGUGCGAGAAGCAGGAAUGCGAAGAUGGCUACAGACCUAGGAGAGCUGCUGGUCCCGUACAUGCCCACCGUCAGAGUGCCCAGGACAGGAGACAGGGUUUUCAAGAGCGAGUGCACCUUUUCCUUCGACACUCCCGAGUCAGAGGGAGGCCUGUAUGUGUGUAUGAACACAUUCCUGGGCUUUGGACGAGAGCAUGUGGAGAGACAUUAUCGCAAAACAGGACAGAGUGUUUACAUGCACCUCAAGCGACAUGUCAAAGAGAAAGCCACAGGAGCUGCAGGAGGCGCCAUCCCCAGACGAAGGAAUGGGAAAGUGUUUCUAGAUUUAGAGCUAAACCGUGAUUUUAACGGCGAGGACUAUGAAUACGAAGACGAGGCCAAGCUCGUCAUUUUUCCAGACCACUUUGAGAUCCCCUUACCAAAUAUUGAGGAGUUGCCCGCUCUGGUGACCAUCGCCUGUGACGCAGUACUCAACGCAUCAUCAGCCUACAAAAAGCAGGAGCCUGAAUCCUGGGAGGAGGAGAUCCAGGUAUCCAGACAUGCCAGGAGUCUCAGGCAGCUGGAUAAUGGAGUCCGGAUCCCACCCAGUGGCUGGAAGUGUCAGAAGUGUGAGAUGAGAGAGAACCUGUGGCUGAACCUGACAGAUGGAGCAGUGCUCUGUGGGAAGUGGUUCUUCGAUGGGAGCGGAGGAAACGGACAUGCUCUGGAGCACUACAGAGAGACCAACCACCCCCUUGCUGUCAAACUAGACACCAUCACACCAGACGGAGCAGAUGUCUACUCAUUUGAAGAGGAGGAAGCUGUGCUGGACCCCCACAUAUCAGAACAUUUGGCACACUUUGGAAUAGACAUGGUUCAGAUGCAGAAAAGAACAGAAAAUGGUCACCACACAGACAACAGUUCCCGGCUGCGGGCCAGUGAAUGGGAGGUGAUCCAGGAGUCGGGCAUGAAGCUGAAGGCGGUGUUUGGUUCUGGUUACACUGGCAUCAAAAACCUGGGAAACAGCUGCUACCUCAGCACGGUGAUGCAGGUCCUCUUCAACAUCCCUGACUUCCAGAGGAUGUAUGUGGGUAAUCUUCAGAGGAUAUUUGACUAUUCACCCCUCGACCCUAGCCAGGACUUCGCCACACAAAUGGCUAAACUGGGACACGGACUGCUCUCAGGCCAGUACUCCAAACCACCCAUGAAAUCUGAGCUCAUUGAACAGGUGAUGAAAGAAGAACACAAGCACCAGCAGAAAGGCGUCUCUCCCCGGAUGUUGAAGUCCCUGGUGAGCAGGGGACACCCAGAGUUUUCCUCCAACAGACAACAAGACGCUCAUGAGUUCCUUCUGCACAUCAUCAACCUGGUGGAGAGGAACAGCGCAGGGUCUGAAAACCCAAGUGACGUCUUCCGCUUCCUGGUGGAAGAACGAAUUCAGUGCUGCCAGUCGCGCCGGGUUCGUUACACUCAGCGGGUCGACUAUUGCAUCCAGCUGCCGGCGCCUAUCGAGGCAGCCACCAAUAGAGAGGAGCUGUUGGCAUAUGAGGCCAAGCUAAAGGAUGCUGAGGAGAACAUGCAGGCUCCUCCUGAGCCGGUGAAAGCACGGAUCCCCUUCACUGCCUGCCUGCAGGCCUUCACAGAGCCGGAUAACGUCCCAGACUUCUGGAGCUCGGCGCUGCAAGCCAAGUCAGCUGGUGUCAAAACUUCCCGAUUCGCUUCCUUCCCCGAGUAUUUGAUUUUGCAGGUCAAGAAGUUCACUUUCGGGGUUGACUGGGUGCCAAAGAAACUCGAUCUGGUCAUAGAUGUUCCAGACUUCCUGGACCUGAGCCGGAUGCGGGCUACUGGGCUGCAGGCGGGUGAGGAGGAGCUUCCUGACCUCAUGCCUCCUAUUGUGCUACCUGAAGACACCAGAGAUAACUCCAUGGGCUCCUUGGACUCUCCAGAAAUAGAUGAGGCGGCAGUAAUGCAGCUGGCGGAGAUGGGCUUUCCGCUCGAGGCCUGCAGGAAGGCGGUCUACUACACAGGCAACAUGGGCCCUGAGAUGGCCUUCAACUGGAUCAUAGCCCACAUGGAGGAGCCUGACUUUGCAGAACCUCUCACCCUGCCCUCCAUGAUCGAUCCUGGUCCCUCCACCAGUGACAGCCCCAUGGGUGCCACCCCGCUAGGCAACUCGCCCCCUGAGGAAAGCAUUUCCAUCCUCACUUCCAUGGGCUUCCCCCGCACUCACAGCAUCCAGGCACUCAAAGCCACGAACAAUAACCUGGAGCGAGCCCUCGACUGGAUCUUUACCCACCCAGAGCUGGAGGAGAGUGAUGCCCUCUCAGACAUGGCAGACACAGAGCCCAACGACAACGCUUUCUCAAAUGCAAACUCACACAGCGACUCCACACUGUCCCCGGACAGAGAUACGUCGGGCCCACGGGUCAAAGAUGGACCUGGACGUUAUGAGCUCUUUGCUUUCAUCAGUCACAUGGGAGCAUCCACCAUGAAUGGACAUUAUGUUUGUCACAUUAAAAAGGAGGGAAGGUGGGUGAUCUACAACGACCACAAAGUGUGUUUGUCAGAAAGGCCUCCAAAAGACUUGGGCUACGUCUACUUUUAUCACCGACUGUCUAGUUGUUAAACUAAAGUCCUCCCCUAUCACCCCUCCACCAUGCAACCUUUAAAAGAAGCGCAGUCAUUCACUGGCAGGAGACUUGAAGACAACACUAAUAACAGCUACAAUGGAAACAAUGGAAAAAACCUCUCUGACCAGCUGCUCGCCUUACCACGAUGUCAUUCAGGAUUAACCAGGAACACUGGUCAAAAAGGGAAAGCGAUGCGCUUUUUGUGCAUUUUUGUUAUGUUAUGCUUUAAAUGUAUAUUUAAGUGUCUAUGUUUAAGAAAAUACAUUAUCUUGCCAGUGUAGGUACAGAGGGAUGUGUGCAAUUUCUACUUCUGGAGUGCUCUGCACACAAAAUAAUGCCACAUAUCCCAUCUCAUUGUUCCUUCUCUAUGCCUUCAGCUAUACUGUGCCAGUAUUUUCAAAGUGGUACACUUUUUUUUAAAUGUAUAUUGAAAUGGGAGUGCUUCACUGCCAGCCCUUAAAUGCUCUGAAACUGCAACAACAAACAACAAAUUACUGUGCUGCUGGUGGCCUUGCACUCUGCGCUGAAAUACAAACGAAUGUUUUUCAUCCCCAGUAAAUUCAAAGAUCCUCCAGAGCUUAAAUAUUGUAGUUAGGAGAAAUUAACAAUGUGCUGUAUGCUCAAAGUUUCAGACUUGGGGCAUGAAGACUGGGUGUUCACUUGGUUUCAAACAGUGUUACUGGCUGAAUAAUGGCUUAGAUCUGCACAGGUUUUACCUGGAGAUAACUUGCAAGUAAGCCUCUUUUGAAGGGGAAAUUUCCUGAGGUACACUUGCUGAGUUGUCAACAUUGAAGUAUUUCCUUCCCUGUAAGCACUUUUUGUCUAAAAUCAGCUCAUAAAAUGCAGCCGGAGUGGACUUUAUAUUCACCAGCUAUAAGCAUUGAUUGUGAAAACUUCAACUUCAGUAUUGCUGCACCUGGAAAUCCUUGAAGUGGCCAUUAGUGGAUGUAGAGAUUACAGUAUCACAUAAAGUUGAUGCCUAAUUUAAAUGCUUCAUUUGAGAUCAUAUCACCAGUGCAUAUAAAGAUGCCCUCCAUCCUGCACUGAACCUCUGUCAUUAAUUGCAAAUUGCAAAAUAUUGGUAAACCUUCGCACUCUGCUGCAGCCAGCUUCCGUUUGGUUCCUUAAUCACUUUGACAGAUUCAGACUACAAUCCAACCUUUAAUCUGAAUAUUCUGCCUGACCUGUUGCUGCUUUUUACAGGUCACUCAAUCCAGAUAUGCACCUGUACUGUUGUCAUGUCUAAAGCAAUACAUGCACCACAACCAUAUCAACUCAGCCCUGCUGUAUGAUAAGAGCUGCACAGUGGCCUGUAUCUCUUUCUUGACAAACAGACAUGUUGCAGUGCUGAAUGUAUAACCUUAUGGUGCUCACUGCAACUGAAACCUCCAGUUCAGCGUUAAUACUCAAAAAACACAGUGAAUGUAACCCUUUGCUUUUCAGUCCCAAUAAUCUCCCAAUAAUCUCAUGCUGGAUUAUCAACUGUACUCUUCUCAGAAUAUUCAUUAUGUGCCGGACAGUUUAACCAAACAGAUGUCGUAAUUGCUUAGCAAUAUCAGUGAAUUUAUACCCUCUGACUGUUGACAACAUCUCAGUUUUUUGGCUCAUAUUGUCUAUUUACAACCUCAAUGUGGGGUGCAUAAACCUGAAUCUGAAAACUGGAUCAUUUCAUCUCAAAAAUCUGUGUAAUGUAACAGUGUUAGUGUUUUGUUUGUGGCAAAAACACUUAUUCCAGUGAAUCUGUCUUUCACUUUGUGGUGCAAAUUGGUAACAUAUUUUAAAAGGGGAUAUCUGCUGAAAAACAAAACUUUGAGAUUUUUUUUCUGGCAUUUUUUUUUUUUAAUCUUUGGAGUCAUAACUUUUCAUAUUCAAGGAGAGGACACACCUUUGACAAUAAAUUGACAACUCUUAAGAGUGUUGAAGGAAAAAUAUGAGAUUAAUAUCAAUGCACAAUCUAUUAAAGGUCAUCUGGUAAGAUUCUGAGAUAACAUGAAUGUCUCUGAAAGAUCUUUUAUAGCAAUCUCACUUAAAUAGUCAAAGGAGUGCCCCCCCCCCCCCCCCCCCCCCCCCCUAAUAUAUACUUUUACAGCAUCUUUUAGAUUGCUAUCCUUUUUGCUGAAUGCCUUUCAGCAGUGUUUCUCCUUAAAUGACACUGUGCCUGUGUUUCACUGAAUUUCAUUGCACAAACAUCCGUCAUCUACGUCACAUACUACUUGAUAAACUGCUGCUCUAUUCAUCAUCUAUGCAGCACAAAAGUCUAAAAGGUCUCUCUAUGCAAGUCUUUUGUUUCUGCUCUUCCUCUUACGGGGAUUUCUUCAUUUUUGGUCAGAAACCAAACCCACCUGUUGGACCCUGUUCGCAAAAGAGUCUUUCUGCUUCUUAUCACACCUGAAUUGGUGACAAACUUGUCACCUUGCUUAAUGAUGCAUAGUUAUAAAUGUCUUGAAAUAUUCCGUGCAAUUAAUAAUAAUUUCUCAGCACCUUUUGUUCCCCCUCGCACUCCAUAUCAUGUUCUCUUUUUGUUUGUCUGUUUUGUUUCAGCUUUCCCUCCAGCUCCAGUCUCAAUUCAUUUUCUCUUUGUUGUUAAACCUAACAGUACAAUGUAUCAUGAAAAAGCUUUCUCACUGUCAGCAUGUGCACUAGACGUUGACAUUUAGUCAUUUGGAUUGUACAAUUGUACUUUGGUGAGUUUUAGUCUCUUUUUUUCAUUUAACUAAAUGUCAAAAAGGUUCUUCACCUGUUUUUACUCUGUUGACUUUUUUGCAAACAAGUUUGUGCCAAUUCUGUAGUUUUAAUGACAUAGGUUUCCUGAAGGGAUUAUUUUAAGUUGACUUUUGUAAUGUAUGUGUUUAUCCAAAUAUGGCUUAGGUGUAUGUGAAUAGAGUGACAGUAUACUCAAUGGCACUGUUUACUUACCAGUUUUGGAUAAUUUAAUAAACUACACCUUUGAUGAGA